AGCUCCUCUAAACACGACUUCUUUUAAUAGCGGUACUUGUGGCAGAUUUUCAGGAAACCUUUAGCUGGAUUCUUGCUGCCAAGGUGUACAAGGGAGCUAUGACAAGCCUUGAAUCAGGAAAGUUCCCAUGCCGGACCGGAGCUUUGAAACCUGAGGGAUAUUUGGAGGCGACUAUGAGAAGAUGAAGAGACAAAACGUGCGGACACUCGCCUUAAUUAUCUGCACUUUGUCCUAUUUACUCAUUGGAGCGGGAGUCUUCGACGCUCUCGAGUCAAAGCAAGAGAAAAGACAGAAGAGCGAUCUCGACUCUCGAAAAAGUCAACUUAUGCUUAAAUAUAAUCUCACCAAUUUUGACUUUGAACAGAUUGAAACGGUCGUGUUGCUUCUGAAGCCUCACAAAGCCGGAGUCCAGUGGAAGUUUGCCGGCUCUUUUUAUUUCGCCAUCACUGUGAUAACGACCAUAGGCUAUGGCCAUGCCGCCCCCAGUACGGAUGUUGGGAAAGCGUUCUGCAUGGGGUAUGCGCUUCUGGGCAUCCCCCUCACCUUGGUGAUGUUCCAGAGCCUGGGCGAACGCAUCAACACCUUCGUCCGCUUCCUGUUGCACAAAGCCAAAAAAUGCAUGGGCCUGCGGCGGCCGGAAGUCUCCAUGGCCAACAUGGUAAUCAUCGGCUUCUUUUCCUGCGUCAGCACCUUGUGCAUAGGAGCAGCUGCCUUCUCCCACUACGAAGGUUGGACCUUUUUCCAUGCCUUCUACUACUGUUUCAUCACCCUCACCACCAUCGGUUUCGGGGACUACGUAGCCCUACAGAAGGACAGCGCUCUCCAGAACGACCCUCAUUACGUGGCCUUCAGUUUUGUCUAUAUCCUGAUGGGCCUCACAGUAAUUGGUGCUUUCCUCAAUCUAGUGGUGCUACGGUUCAUGACGAUGAACACCGAGGAUGAGAGAAGAGACGCAGAGCAGAGGGCGCUGCUCUCCAAAGAUAAACCAAAAGGUCUGGUUUCACGGCGUCCGGACCCUCCGAGCCCAGUCGCCGUGGGGCGAGAUAAAAGGCGAGGGCUGAAGAGCGUCUACGCUGAGGUGCUCCACUUCCAGACGGUGUGCUCCUGCCUGUGGUACAAAAGCCGAGAGAAAAUGGUGAUCCUCCCGCAGGAUAUGUCCUUCACUGAUGCGCUAAUGGAGCAAGGAGACGUAUCGCCCCACCACUUCUUCGAACCCGGCCCCACGGGCUGCGUGUGUAACCCUCAACGCUGCUCAGCCAUUAGCACUGUGUCUGCUGACCUGAGAAAUAUCUCACCGUUUAGGCUCUUCUCCAAGAGACGCAGCUCUGUCUGAAUCCACCUCACUUUCUUAUACAGUCACUGUAGAUCUUAAAUGAGUCACAUGAGUUAUUUUCACAGCAUUCACAUAAAGAUGCUUGAACGGACCACCCAAGAUUGAGGUGGACUGAUGAAAGAGCUCCACUAGGAGUCUUUUUACACAAACACAUCUAUACUCAUUCAACACUUUGAUGACUAUUAUGAGAAUUAAAAUGGUCUUCUACUUCAAAUAGCUCAUUUACACCUCAAUAUAGUGCAAUAGACAGUAGUUCUUUACAAAGUUUGACCAAAAAGCGUCUGAUCUGCAAUGUUGUUUUAUUUUGUUCAGAUGAUAUGUUUACGGUAUAAGAAGUGUGAAUUUGUGAAGUCAUUUUUGGCUUUGCAUUGCAGGGUUUUGUGCUAUUCAGAAUUGGACUGAGAACACCUUUUAAAUUUCAAUUCAAUUCUUGAAUUUGAGUUGAACUGGAAUUGAGAUAGCAAACUGAAUGCAUAAUUGCAAUUUGAAUUUGUAUGAGGAAGUAGGCUUAAAAUGAAUAGAAAUUCAAAGAAAUGUACUUUUAUUUUAAGGAAAUAGACCUAAAAGCGUUAAAAACAUUUAUAUAAACAGACUCACAAUAGAUAUUUUAUUUUAAUAAAUGUAUUAAAGUUUGGUGGAUGAGGGUGGAAGAACACAUGAGAAAAUAUGAGAGCAUUUGAUUAUAAUUUUAACCUCUCAUCUAAAUUUUUUUUUCUCCAUGAACAAGUCCCUUUGGGGAAUAAAUUCUUUAAAUUACAAUUAAAUAAAUUCCUCUUCCUGUGGCCAAUUCAACUCCUUAAAAAGGAGCCAGUUCUUCACUUCUGCAAUUUGCACAACCCUGUUGGAUCAAUAGUUGUUGCGAAAACCACAUCUGACACGUUUUAUUAAGUAUACUAUGAUCUGAUAUUAUUGCCAGACUGCCACUCCAUUACUGUAAUGAGUCCCCUAUAAUACGCUGUGCUAGACUUCAGUGUAACCAGCAAAAUGAAACACCUAUCAGGUAUUUGUUGAUCCAGAUGGCAUACCGACAUGACUCCUGCUUUCUGCCCAGAUCUGUACAGUGUGUUAAGGGAAUAAUCUGACCUUUUGAAAGCUCCUGAAGUAUAUUAACCUGAUGGAGGUCACGUGGAGUGAUAAAACGAUAUUCGGAUUGGCUGCAGAUGACUUUGUUUUUCAAAACUAGGACAGAGUUGUCUAUGUAACAGUGAUAUCAAAGUCAACAUCUCGGCACGGAAAGUUUAUUAGACUCUUGAACCUGAGGUAUUUAAUUACUCUUGAUGUUAGCACAUAAAAUUCCUUUGAAGAUAAAGUAUAAAUAUGACCUUGGUCUGAACUAGAGCUCUAGGAAAAACAGCAGUUAUCGCAUACGGACUCUCCAAGUGCUCUCAGCACUGAUCUGGACAUCGUGUCCUGUGUAUCCCCCAUGAUUCAGAGAGGUCUUGCUGCUCAGGCUAUGUUUGGCCCACACAGGAGUGUGUGCCAUCUUCACAUCCUGCCAAGGAGAAAGCGCUUUGUGCCCAAGACUUUGCCUUUAGCUAUUAAACCUGCAUGACACAGUGACAGAAGGAAUGCCAUUACAACAAAUGCCUGUAUUGCCCCCCCAUGGUGGCGGCAUCUGUUGCUUUUCCUUCUAGAUUUUUUUUCGUUUGGCAUCUACAUUCACGUGAAAGGUAAAAAACAUCUUUGGCCAGCAGGUCAGUGGGGGCAGGACAGAGUGUACAUUUAUGUUUCUAUUUUUGUCCUUACUAAAGGAAACGGUAGUAGAAUAAUAAUAAAAAGAACAGAAAAAAAAAAAAAAAGAUUUAUUUUUUGUCCAUGUCAAAUGCCAGUGAAACUAUGGAA